AUGCUCGCCGCAGAACAGUGUCCUAGCUACGAUAGCGAGUCGUCCACGCCCGCUUGGUGGGGUUGCAUCGGACUUGUGCAUGAUCCGAACGGUGGCGGAUCGCAGAUUUCCGCGGGAGGUGUGUGUGUGCUCUCGACGAUCGGGACGCUGUCGAGAUACGGCGGGCGGCGUAUCAGAUGUCGCAGGACCACUCCGAACGGUCGGCCACAGGACAGCAGCUGGCAAGCUCACGGUCCAGACAGCAUCACAACGGCCAUGUCGUCCGACGAGAAGAAGGUGGCCGUGACGGCAGCGUCUGCGGUGGCCGGAGAGACGACCAUCCUGGCCAACGGGAACGUGAUGGAGGACGGCCUCCAGCGCGGCCUCAAGGACCGCCAUCUCAUCAUGAUCAGCUUUGGCGGCGUCGUCGGCGCCUCCAUCUGGUAUGGCACCGGCUAUGCGGUCGCGUACAGCGGUCCGGUCGGUGCGCUCCUCUGCUUCUUCGUCAUCGGCCUGGACGUCUAUUUUGUGAUGCAGUGUCUCGGCGAGAUGGCCACCGUCUUCCCCAUCCAGGGCGCCUUCACCGCGAUGGCCGGCCGCUGGCUGGACCCGGCCCUGGCCUUUGCCCUCGGCUGGAACUAUUACUACCUCUGGCUGACCAACAUCGCGGCCGACUUCAACGCGAGUGCCAUCCUGAUGAGCUACUGGGUCCCGCCGACGCGCGUGCCGACGUACGCCUGGGUGCUCGUCUGGUGGGCCGCCUACCAGGCCACGUCGCUGCUGGGUGUCGUCGUCUUUGGCGAGAUGGAGUUCUGGCUGGCCUGCUGGAAGGUCCUCUGCAUCCUGGGCGGCUACCUGGUCGCUGUCCUGCUCAACACCGGUGCCAUUGGCGGUCGCUACACCGGCUUCGCGUACUGGCGUGAUCCCGGUCCCGUGGCCCACGGCAUCAACGGCUUCGGCCAGUGUUUCCUGCUGGCGGCCGUCUACUACUGCGGCACCGAGAUGCUCGCCGUCACGGCCGCCGAAAGCCAGAACCCCGGCCGCGACCUGCCGCGUGCCAUCCGGCAGACGUUCUGGCGCUGCGCUUUCAUCUUCCAAGGCCUCGUCUUCUUCGCCGGGUUGCUCGUCCCGUCCGACAGCCCGGAACUGCUGACGGCCUCGAGCAAGUCGGGCAAAUCGCCCUGGACCAUCGCGUUUGAGCGAGCCGGCGCACCGCAGCUCGGCCACGUCGUCAACGUCGUCAUGCUCACCGCCCAAUUCUCCUCCAUGAACUCGGCCCUCUAUGUGGCCUCGCGCAGCCUCGCCGCCCUCGCUGCCGCCGGUCGCGCCCCUCGCUUCUUCGCCCGCACCAACCGCAGCGGCACGCCUGUCUAUGCUCUCGUCUUCUCCAAUGCCGUCGGCCUCGUCGCUAUCCUCAACUACCGCACCGGCCCCGCCCUCAUCUUCAGCUACCUCACCUCCAUCAGCGGCUCGGCUACCUACAUUGCCUGGGCCUUCAUCGGCAUCGUCCCCCUGAUGGAGGCCGACUUGGCCACCGGUCGUCGCAUGCCUGAUCCUGUCGAGCAGGACGCCUCGGGCGGAGCUGAGGACAAGCCCGUGCCGUGGUAUAUCAAGGCCAAGCGCUCCGUCUUUGCCUGA